UGACAUAGGUCUAUAUUUUCUUAUUCGUAAUAUUUUAAUAAUUUUAUUACACUUUUCUGUCAUUAUCUAUAUACAUACUAAUACAAGUGCCUUAAAAUUGAUUUAUUUCUAUAAAUUUUUAAUAUAUUAAACAUUUUUAUGAUUUUUGUGAGAAAUGAAGUACUUCUUAAUUUAAGAUUGGUAUGAUAUUUAAAUUUAUUACUCUAUCUUAUAAUAUAUUAUCUUUUAACGCUUAACAUAGAAUCAUUUAAUUAUAAUUUUUCACUAAGAACUUAUUUUGUUUUAAUAUAUUUAGAUGGUUAAUCAAAACAAUCUGUAUUGUUUUCAAGUAUGAUACAAACACCUAAAACUUCAAUACAGCACACACCAAAAAAAAACAAAUUGGAAGAGCAGUUAAAUAUUCAAAAAGAAAAGUAUAAAAGUUUUUUCUUAUAAAAUUUAACAAAUUACCAAAAUUGAGCACACAGUACUUUUCCUUUAUCUCACCUAUUUCUUGACUUUACUAUUACUAUUAUAAGUUAUUACAAUACUAUAUUUGUUUUAUAUAAUACAUAAUAUUAUUAUAGGUUUGUUUUAUGCAUUUAUUGUUUAGUAUUGCAAAGACAGAUAGGCAUAUCAAAUCAGUAUGUAGAUUACUUUUAUGUUAACAUUUCUCUAUAACAAACAUGUCAAUUACACAUUAGUAGUAUACACCCACAGUAUAUUUAGGACUAGAAAUAGAAUAGAAUAUAUAUAUAUAUAUGCACUUAUUAAGAUAACUGAAAAGUAAUUUAAAGUAUAUUCUAUUGCUUUUUAAACUUUUUUAUUAUGGCUUCAGCUUUUGAGACCUUAUCAACCAGUAUAAUGAGUCGUACAAUUUUUUGCAACCAAUAGGUAUUAUAUUGCUUUUAAUAAAUCUUAUUUUCAUUCAAUAUGUGAUGUGUAAAUAGAAUGUCAACAUUUUUAAAACUACAGUCAAAAAUAAAAUGUAAAGAAAAAUGGUAUAACUAUUAGUUUUAGGAAGAAGUGUUUGAAAGUUUCCCACAGUGUUCAUCAUAAUUUUUAAUUUGCGACGAAAAAACAUAAUUGCACUUAAUUUAGUAGUUUGUUUAUAAUCAUUUAAAUUUUUUAAAAUUUACAGCAUUUCAACACACAUACAAUUAGUGGCUUACAUGUACCCAAUAUUUCUUCAAUACUGAAGGGGUUAAACAUAUUAAAUUCAAUGUAUAUGUUACUGUGAAUGUCUGCAAUUAGUGAAUGCUGACAAUCACCUAGUGAAUGUCGACAUAUAUACGCCUCCUAAAUUGGUAAAUGUUAAAUAAUUAAAAAAAUGUUGACAUCUAAAUUAGGAUUUAGGUCAAUUUUGACAUACAAAACACAAUUUUAGUUUAUGUUGACGUAUGCAUUCGCACAUAUUUUAGUAUAGACUAUACAGACAAUAUAGUGAAAAUUCUGUAACGAAUCAUAAGGGACCAAAAAAUUUCUUUUGUUAUAUUUGGAGAACUUAUGCAAUAAAGAAGAUUGAAGAAAAAACGCAUGGGUUGUAAAGCAAACCAACCAUUAUUUAGUAAUUUGUAUGUUACAUAGAGCUUUUCAUUAGAGUUUCCAUUGUAUAUAAAAUAGGUAAUUAUUAUUAUUAAACAAUACAAUAUUUGUAUUAUUAUUUAAAUUAUAAUUAUUUUACUAUACAAAAAUUGUUAUUAUUAAAAAAAAAGGAAGAUCCUUAUUGCAACAUAACAAAGUGUUAUAACAUUUUGUACUACAUAAAAUGGUGAAAUUUUUACAACUACACUUUUUUGUGGUGCACUUUGUUUUGCAAUUGUAUUGUGUAUACCUUUGCCCACCAAUUGAUCAAUUCGAUAAAUUUUAAAUUUAAGAAUUUUGUUUUGUGUAACAAAAAAAAAAACUUUCACUCGACUAAUUAAACUUUUUUUUUUUUAGCCAAUUGUAAAAAAUAAUUAUCAUGUUUUUAUUAGAUACUAAAUUAUUUAAUUUAUUAUAAAAUACUUCAUAUAUAUUUUCCAUUUUUAAAAAAUGUUUUGAUUAUUGUGCAAAUCAACAGUAUAAAAUAAAAUAUAUAACUGUAUUUGAAUGAUAAUAUCAUUCUAAAUGUUAGCGAGGUGGUAUAGUAUGGCUCUUAUCCAGAUAUAAUGAAAGUGGUAGGGCAAGCAUUUUAUCAUAUUAUUAACUUAUUCAAUGCUGAACAUUGUAUAAUAUGUACUAUUAUAGUUUUAUAUUAAUAAUAGUGUACUACUAUUUUUAUUUUUCUGUUAUCCUUAAAUUACAUUUAAAGGAAACAAUAUUGGCAUAACCAACAUUCACCGAUAUCGUUAUAUAAAUGUCAGUAUUCACUAGUGAAUGUUAACAAAUGGUACAAAUUUAAUUUAUAUGCCAACAUUCAUCAAUGAUUUUGGUGUACAACAACAUUAACUGGUGACUGUCAGCAUUCAUCAACUGAGGACAUUCACAGUAACUUAUGUAUAUAUAUAUAUAUAAAUAUAUAUUAUAUAGUAGUUUAAACAAUAUAAUAUUUUUACAUUUAUUAUAAAAAUUAUUCUUUUUAUGUUAUUUUGUAAAACACUUAAUGGUGUAAUGCAAUUAUUUGUACUUUAUUGAGUAAUUAGUGCAAAUAUGUAAUCAGCGAGGUAGUUUGGUUAAAAUCUGGCCCAUUUUCUCAAAGAUUACGACAGCCCCAAUUAGGUUGAAUACAUUUAUUAUAUUAGUUUAUUUCAUUUAAAAUUAAUAUUUUCUAUUUUACCAUGUCUAGACAAUUCUAAUAUAUGUAUAUUAUUUUUCACAAAAUGUUAAUGAAAAAUAUAAAAUUGAUAAUAAAAACCGUUUUUUCCAAUGUUUCUCUCUGGUUUUCCCCCAUUCCAAAAAAUAAAAGGGAAACAAUCGCUUUCUCAAUACACCAAUUAAACAAAAUUUUCUUGUGAAUGAAUAUAGAGGGACAUUUGCACAGUGAUGAUAAUAUGAUGAUAGCGUGCAAAUGAUUAACUCGUCUAGUACCAUGCUAUCUAGGACAUUCCUGUACAGUACCCAUAACUGUAUAUAACACACUGAGACCUGAUCUUUAACAUUUAUAAUGGAAUAACGGUCCUCACUAUUUUUCAAACUUUAAAUCAUUUUAAUGUUAAAUUUUUUUUGUUUUUUAAUUACUAAAAUAAAAAUACUGAAACAUUUAAUACUUAAUUGCAAUCAUUCAUAAUAUCAAUUACAAAUAACAAUAUUGUAAAUAUCAAUCCUAUAUAUUAAAUUUAAAAACAAUAAAUUUUAUUGUUAGAAGCACGAUUAAAGAUACUAGUAUAGUAUACUAUUUUUGUGAUUAAAACUUUACAAGGACUUUUAUGUCCUAUCCCUUUUUUAUUAUCUAUGUUUAUUAGUUAAUCAAAUAUCCAAAUAAUAUUUUAUUGUCACAGUAUUAGACUUCUUUAGGAUAUAAAAAUUUGUCUAAUUAGUCAUAUUAACAUUUUAGGUUACUUUACUAUAGUAAUAAUUUUACAUCAUUAAAUCAUUAAUCUUAUACCUUCAAUCCCAGUUAAAAUUAUAAUCAAUUUUAAUGAGUUGAACAUUUUAUAUUUCAGUAUCAAUACAAUGGUUUCAGAAGUUCAAAAAGUAGAAGUUCCUAUUAAAAAUGAAGAAUCUAAAUUAUGGUCAAAACACACUUGUAUAUUUUGUAAUGUGUUGUUGGAUGGCAGGUCAAAAAUUUUAGCUUGUUUGCAUGUGAUUUGUUUCGACUGUGUGGACAAAUACACAAUUAAUUCAAGUAAAUAUUUUAUUUUUCAUUUAUUAUUUCAUUAAAUGACUAAAUACAUAAAUCAUUUACAUAAUUUGAAUUUAGUUCUUGAGUGAUUUUUUUAAAAAAAUUUUAUUUUUUCAAAACUUAUGUUUUUUUUUAUGUGUAGAUAUAAAAUGUUAAAAAAAGGAAUUUGACUAAUUUUUAAAAAAAAUAUGAGGCAAUCUUCAAAAAGUUUGAUUUUUUCAUUAUGCAUAUUUCUUAAUUAAAAAUUGAUAAUUUAAAAAAAAUAUAUAAAUAUAUAUAUUUCCAAAUUUUUGGUUUUUGCUUAAUUCAUUGGUAUAUUCAAAAUUUAUUUUUCAUACUUAAUUUUAUAGUUUUUGUAUAUAAGCCUUGAAAAAGAGCAUUUUUGUAAUUGAUCUGAAAUAUGUUGAAAAAUUGAUAUUUAUCAAUAUUUAGUUUCCCUGUUACCUAUUCUAACGUGAUUUUAUUUAAUAAUUCCGAGUUUAUUUUGAUUUUUUUCAUUUGUUUUGUGAUACCCCCACAAUUCUUUUAAUUCUAUAAUAAUUAUUUUAUAAAAAAAACGAACAUACUUUGUACGUGAGUGAGCCACUGUUGUAGAUGAGAAGUUAAGAAGGUAGUAAGGAAAUUUAAUAUAUAUCUAUAUGUAACAAUCAACCAUUGUUAACGAAAAAGGUUUCAUAGAGUAUUUCGGUUAAUAGUAUUGCUUUGUCAACAAUAUAUUUAUUAUACGUUAUGAUUAAUUAAUUAAAUACACAUUAUAUAUUUUCUUAAAUAAUAUUAUAUCUAUUUUCCCUUUUUACCGCUGUUGUUUCCUAGUUUUUCCUAUUUAUUGGGAAAACUGGGAAAAUUAAAAAAUGAUCUCCCUGAAGUACCGGCCCAGGAAAAUUACAUCACAUUUUUAAAACAAUUAAAAGUUCUAAAAAACAUCUCUCAUGAACUGAACAAGAAUCGUUUCAAAUGAUUUAGUAUAAUUUUUUGUAGGAAUCAAAUAUAAUAAUUUUUUGUUUAUUAAAAAAAAUGUAGGCGUACAAUGCAAAUGUCUUGAAGUUACAAAAGACAAACUAAUAGAUUAUCCCAUUAUACCAGGGGCAAUCAAGGGCAAAUGUUGUGGAGUAAUUUGUGAUGCAGUAGUUACUAAAAUGUGUAUAAGUUGCAAUAGCUUAUAUUGCAAAAAAUGUUCAAAGGUAUUAUAUAGUAUAUACUUUAAAUGUAAUAUAUAGUAUAUACUUUAAAUGUAAUAUUUUAUUGACUUCUAUUUAAACUAUGAUAUAUUUUUUUUUACAGGCACAUUUAGGUACUGAAGAAAAUCAUAUUUUGGUAAAUUAUCCAUUGAAAAGAGAAUUUAAUUACUGUGCUAAUUGUAAAAAAGUAAGUUUAAAAAAUGUAAAACAAAUUUAAACUAUUAAUAUAUGCAGUUAUAAAUAAAUUAAUAGAAGGUAAUUAUAAAAAAAUUUUGAAUAUAUUUGUGUUGAAUCAAAUAAUGUUGAUACAUUCAGUUAUAUUUUUUUAAAGUAAAUUAAUUUUCAUACCAUUUAUCAUUAUUAUGUUAUAUUUCAGAAACGCACAGAAGUUUAUUGUACUAAUUGUUCAACAAUGCUUUGUUCUUUGUGUCAUCUGCAAAAUCACCAAAAACAUAAUUAUGAGGUUAUUGAAAAUUUGUGCAAAGAAAUUAAAUUCAAUUUUGCUCGUCAGGAAAAUGAAUUAGAGUAUGGACAAAAUAAAUUAAUUUUUACUUUAUUAUAAAAAAAAAAAAAAAAACAAUUUUUCAAUGUGGUAUAGCUAAUUAGUGAUUAUUUUAUAAACAAAUAAAUCUAUUUGAUUCUGAGUAUAAUGAAGAAUGUAUUUGUUUUACUAAGGUGUUAAAUGUUUUUUAUAUGAACACUUUUUUUACCAGAAAAAACUUAAUAUGGUGUAAACCAUUUCAGAAAGAAAAUUUUCUUGGAGUGGUACUUUAGGAAGGUCAUUUUUUAAUUUUCUCAAGAGUUUUCUCAUUAAAUGUGAAAAAUCAAAAAAAAAAAAGUAUAAAAUAUAUUAGUAAAAUAUUAAGUUUUUUUCACUGUGGACAACUUUUACCAGCAAUUUAGCACCAAUUUACAAUGAUGGCACUUUUUCUGAAAAGAAAUCUGACUGGGAAGGUACUUUAAGGAGGUGAUUUUUCAAUUUUGCCAAAAGUUUCCAGUAAAUGUAAAAAAACAGAUAAACUUAGAAAAAACAAGAAAAUUGGUACAAUAUUAAACAAAUUUUACUUAAGAAAAUAUAUAUAUAAUUCCUAUUCAAUUAUUUUACAAUAAUAUGACAUAUAUAUCGUUGACAAAGCAUCACUAUCAACUAAACUCUGCUCAAAAUUAUUUUUUUCAUAAGCAAUGGUUUAUCGUUGCUUUCAGAUAUACAUUAAAUUCCCUUCUGUAUCAAACCUUUCCAAUUACUUAUCUACAACAGUGGUUGCACCCAUCCCCAUUAUCCUAGAACAGCUUUUAUUAAUUUAAACUUACUUGAAUUUCAGAAUUUAAUAAUAGAGCUAAAACCUGAUUUUCCUCAUUAAACAGAUCUAGCGAUCUCUUAUUGUUCUCUCAUACAAAAGAAAUAUAUACAUGUACAUACAUAUAAUCUUUUAUAUUAAAUUUUUAAAUUAAUACAAAAUUCUGUCAAAUUCUAACCAAUUACUAUUGUAUAAUAGAUGAAAUAUUUAAAUUUUUUAAUUGUUGAAAACUUUUGAUUAUUUCAUAUUUGUAAAAUUCUUUUACAUGAUAAAUAAAUACAUAAUUAAGGUAGAAUAUAGAAGUAUAAUUACUUAAAAUUGAUUUCUAAUUUAGUAUAUUAUUCUUAAACAUGAACUAUGUUACUCUUAUUUAUUGAUAGUUUCACAUUUUUUUAGAAUUUUUUUUAUUGAAAAAUUUACAUUCUAUACAUAAUUUGCACAAUAAGUAAAUGUGAGGAAGGAACAAAUACAUUUUUAUUUAAGAACAUGACAAUGGAAGCCAUCUAAUGAUAGAACUCAACAUGAUUUUUUUUUUAUGUUUUUGUUUAACUUGCUUUAUAACGUAUUAACGUAAAUAUCUCUACACCAAUUGCGUUUCACAUCUUAACCAUUUACUUAGGUUCUUAAAAUUUAAAAAUACUUAUUUUUACAGAAUAAAUAACUUGGUUAUGGAUUAUUGUUUACAACAAACAGACAAUCAAAUAAAAACAAUAGAAUCCUUGAAAAAUGUGAUUAUAGAAGAAAUUAACACAGAAUUUUAUAAGUAAGAUUUAUACAAAUAUUUACCAAAUUACAAAUUGUUUAUCUUUUAAAUUUUGUUUUGUAAUUUUAGGUUAGAAUAUGAAAUAAAAAGUCGCAAACAAAUAUUAUUAAAAUUAGUCGAUGAACAUUUCUUAAAUACUUGUAAACAAAUUAAUGAAAAUAAACUUGUAUUAAAAAAUUUACAAAAUGAAAAUAAAUAUUACGCACAUUUAACAGAAUCUAUUUUAAAUCAUAAUAAUUCAUUUGAUUUGAUGAACUUAUCAGAGUAGGUUGUAUUAAAUUUGAUAUUAUACAACAUAUACUUAACAUAGAAUUUGUCUGUUGUAGAAUGAUUUUGAAGAAAAUAAGUAGCUUUAAAACUCAUUCCUCAAAUAUACCCAAAGAAGCAUUUGAAAGUAGCAUAGGAUUGAAUUUAAAUUGGGGCGAAUCUAUGAAUAAUUGUCUUUUAUGUAAGUUACUUAUAUAUUAUACCAUUAUGUAUUAACCAAAUUUUAAUAACUUCUAGCUAUUAAGAGCCUUGGGAAAGUUACGUCAACACCAGUUAUGAGUUUAUCAGAAAAGUUAAAUGUGAAACAUAAAAUGACAAACAAUAUUAUCCAGAUUUCUAUUGAGCCAGUAAGCUAAACUUAUUUCUAAAUUGAUAUGAAAUUCUUUUUCUUUUGCAUUACUAUUCUAUAUUACCAAUAUUAUUGACUACUGUUUUUUUAAUAGCAUUGCUACUUUUUCUUAGUCCAGAUCUACGUUUAUAAUAUGCACAUUAUUCUCUCAACCAUCAAUGGCUGUUAUUUUUACACUAUAAGUGUUUAGGUCAUAAGCUACAUUUGGGAUUGUACCUGUCCUAUACAAACUUGUUACAUUCCAUUUCACAAUCUUAAUAUCAGCAUUCCAUUUCCAAAAACAAGUCUUUAACCUAUGUAAUUUUAUCUAAGGCUUAAAUGUUGGUUUCAUAAAAGGACUAUGUUUACUAGGCAAGGUGGUUAUCUCUGCAUUAAACCUGUAACCUGGAGACUAGAUUACCCGAGCUAAUACAGGCUGAAGGGUAGCUAUUGCAGCAUCCAAUGAAAGAUGGGCAAUGGGACUUCAUUUUCCUUAUACCAGGAUAUGAAAUUAGAAAUUUCUAAUAAUUUAACAAUUAUCUCUGACUUAACUAUUAAUUAUUUCUGAGCAAAAUUUGACUUCAGCGCAAUGAUCUAUAUAAUAUUGUAUCAGUUGAUUCUCUGUCGUGUUCCUCUCAGUAUUUUAUAAUGUAAGAGAAAUACUUGAAAGUUUUUAAGGAGAUGUUAUUUAAUAUUAUUUUUUUUAGUUAGAUGAUUUUUUAGAUUGGUACUUUUGAAGUAGCAAUUUUUUGUGUAUUUUAAAGCAUUUUAAAUAGAUAUAGUAACUAAAUAUAUAAAUACAAAAUAAAAAAAAUGGAUGAAAAAUUGUUUUUUAUUUAUAUAUUUUAUUAUUUGUAAUAGGUUGUUAGAGCCUGUUUUAAUAAUUUCAUUAAAAUUGGAAACCCUGGUUAUAACUAACUUUAUGUUGAACAUGUAAAAAUGAGUGAAAUAUGUAUACAAAUUAAUAAUCAUUCUUUCUUUUCCUUUGCUAUCAUCCUAAUUAUUUGGGGCCUGCCUAAAUUAUUAGUUAUCUACAUUAGAAAUAUUGUUACAGAAAAAUACAAUUAAUUGUUUUGUGAUUUAUAUAGUGGAAUAUGAAUUGUGUAUGAAUGCCAAAAAAUAUCUGAACAGGUUUCCUAAUUUAUUUUGCAUUGUAUUCAAUUUUACAUAUAACACAAUACAAUCUAGUUCAAGUAUUUUCUGUUCGGUUUUACUGCAUGUAAUUUGUUUAAACUUUAUUCUAUUACUGUGAUUUUGAAUGCACAUUUAAUUUUGCAUUAACUGGUAUCUAAACUAUUAAAUUACAUUUAACAAAGUAUUAACAAUUUAUUUUUGUAUUUCAUUAUGUACAUUAUAUUGUUUUGCUAUUUUUACAGUAUAAAUAAUAUAUACAUAUUUAUUAAUAAAUUGUUUUUAGACACAUGAUGACAUUUCUAAAGAGACUUCAUCAAGUAAAAUGGAAGUAGACAAUCAAAUUCAUAAUAAUUCUAUUAAUGGUAAAUUUUUUAUUAUUUGAUUACAAGUCUUAUAGAUUGAUUGUUAUUAACAUUAAUAAUAAUAGUAAUGAUUUCUUUUUAGAUGAUGAUACUGAUAGUUCAGACUAUGAGCCACUCCUAGAAUGUUCAUGUUGUAAUCAAUGGUCUGAAGAAUUAAUUACAUGCAUUUCUUGUAAAAGAUGUUACCAUAAUCGUUGUCAUAUUCCUGUGAUACCUGAUUGUUAUCCAUAUACUAAUUAUGUGUAAUUGAUGUUAUAAAUUCAAAUUUGUUUUAUUAUUUGUAUUCAUUCAUAUGUAUUGUAACAUUAUGAGUAUUUUUAUUUUACAGUUCAUCAACUAUUAAAUGGAAGUGUACUAUGUGCGAAGAUAUUACUAAAUAUUGUACAGUGUUAAACGAAAAAUUAUUUCCAUUGGAUAUUUCUUAUAAUAAAAUAGAGAGAAAAAUCAUUGAGCGUAUAUUAAUGGAGUUGUAUUGUCAAAAUAAUGAUAGUGAACAUUUUAGAGAUUGCCCCGAUAAAGAAAUAGUAAGAUGAGCAAAUAUUAAUUUUGAUAUCCUUGAUAACUUGAAUAUUUGCUAUAUUAUUGGUUUUAGGACCCUUUAUAUUAUACCAACAUCGCUAAUCCUAUUUCUUUAAAUGAUGUUAAAAAUCGCUUGGAUUCUGAUAAACCAUAUCUAUUAUUUAAUGAUGUUAUUAAAGAUAUAAAAAGAAUAUUUUCAAACGCAAUAUCUUAUUAUCAUGUAAGUAUAUGAUUCAUGAUUUUUUUUAUAUUAUUUAUCAAUAAAAUAAAUUUAAUAUAUGUAUAUAUUAUGCAAAUAAAAUUUUAAAAUAUGAACAUAUUUUGCACAUGAGUGGACCACUUUUGUAGGUAAGAAGAUGGGAAGGUAGUAUAAGUAUUUAAUGUAUAUAUAUAUAUAUAUAUAUAUAUGCAACGAUUAACCAUUGCUUGAAUGCAAAUGAUUCUGAGCCAAGUUCGGUUAAUAUUAUUGUUAUUUCAACAAUAUAUAUGUUAUAUUAUGGUAAAAUAAUUACAUAUGCAUUAUGUAUAUAUUUUCAUUAAGAGGAAACCGCAAUAACAUCUACUGUCUUUGUCUUUCAAACGCGAGACAUGUCAAAUUUGCGUUAAGUAAGGACACAUUUUGUGCCAUUAGUUUUAAUAUUAAAGCAAAUUGACUUAUUACUAAGUUUAAAUGUAAGAAAAUUAUACAUGCCUUAGUGUUGAUGUUUUUGGAUAUUUUAAUUUUUAAGUAAGAUAUAAUCAUUUUUAAACUGUGAUAUUAAACAUACUCAUUUCUCAUUUAAAAAUAAAAAUAUAAAAAAAUCAUCAACACUAAGGCAUUUAUAAUCUUCUUACCUUUUGGUUUGAUAAUAAGUCAAUAUACUUAAAUAUUAAAACUAAUGAUACAAAAUGUGUCCCACUGAAUAUAAAUUUUCUAUAUCUUGUUUGUAAGACUGAGACACUAGAUGUCUGUAGAAUUCUCUUAAUAAUAUUUGUUUAAUAUUUACUUAAUUUACAUUUCUUCUAAUUUAUACCCAUUUAUUAUGAAAAGAGCUGGAAAAAUCAAAAAAUGACUCUCCUACAGUACCACCUCGGCCAGAUUUUCUUUCAGAAAAUUGCUAUCAUUAUAAAUCUGAGCAAAAUUUUUAUUAGAAAAGUUGUUUAUAGGACAAAAAAAUAUAUUGUAAAACCAACACAUUCCUUGCUCUGCUCAGAAUCUAAAAUGUAGGGAUCAAACAGUCUGAAAUAUUAUGUGGGUGUGUGGUCUUUUAUUUUUUCAGCAUAAUUGUACUUGAUGACCAUUUUCUUAAUUUCAACCCAUCAUAAUCAUACACAAUCAAUUUAAUUCUCCAGACUAUGUUAUUUGUUGAUAUCUUUAUUUUAUUUGCAUCAUAUGUAUACACAGGAUGAUUUUUUUUAUUAUGAACCAACAACUAUCUCUGAGGAUUUUAAGUGAAUUUGAUUUCUGUUUUUUCUAAUCUUUAUAUAAUCGUUUAAGAGAAGGGUCAUAUAUAGACAAUAUAUUACCCUUCCCUACACUUCCAGUCUAAACAUUAAACUGUUAUGUCUCAUAAACGGUAAAUCUGAUAUUAGUGUUAUGCAUAUCAAAAUUUCUAGAUAAAUAUUCUCUAUUCAAAUCUGUGUUCAAAAGGGGGGGCUUCCUAUUUUAAAAUCAAAAGUAUGAACUUAUUUAAGAUAUAUGGAGUAGGGGUAAAAAAUUAAAAAUGAUUUUAAAAUAAAUAUUAAACGAUUUCAUAAAGAUUAGAAAAAAUAGAAAUCAAAUUCACUUAAAAUCCUCUGAGAUAUUUGCUGGUUCAUAAUAAAAAAAUCACCCUGUAUAUAUAUAUAAUUUAUUUUAUUAAUAUAUAUUUGAGAAUUAACUAUGAAUAAAACAAUUUUGGUAUUUUUAUUUUUACUUUUUUUGUUAUUUAUUAUAGAAUCUUAUGUCUAUAUUAUUUUAUAUUUUAAUUAAUUAGUAUUAAUCUAUUGUAAUAGGUGUCUCAUCCAUACCAUCGUUCGGCCGUCAUUCUAAAAAAGUAUUUAACUAUACUGCUUUCUAAAUGGAUACCAAAUUUAGAAACAAUGCAUGAAUUACAGCCAAUAAAUGGUUAAUAAAAUUAUUUUUUAUUGGUAAAUUCAAUUUAUAUAUGAUUUUAAAUUUUGAAUUAAAAUUAUAAAUAGUUAUGACUGUGUUAACAUUUUUGAAUAAGAAAGUUAUCACUAUGUUGUUAUAUACAUUUUCUUUUCUUUUUUUUUUUUAUAAUUUUUGAAUUGUUAAAAAAUUUAGUUAUUCAUUAGUAAAACUUAAUUUUAGAUCUGUGUAUUGCUGUAAUAUCUGUGUAAUAAGGUUAUUCUUGAUACAAGUAAAAGUAUUACUUAUCAUUAUAUUUUUUUUUAAUCAUACAACAAAAUCAAAAUAAUUGUAUUAUAUUUCACCCUGUAAACUGUUUUAAAAAAGUACCUAGAAAAACCAGCAUGUAUUUUCUUAAAAUUAUUGCCUGG